AUGGUUUCGUCGUCCUCGAUCCGAUUCAUCGAGGCCGCCCUAGAGGCUACCGGCGACAGAGCCCUUUCCUACGUCCACCAUGGCCUAAAGUGGCUCAUCCGCGAUGACCUCCUCUCCCUGUUCGACGAUUUCCGGACCCUCUCCCCGGGGUCAGACACCUUAACCCAUAACGACGGCACCACCGUCCACCUCCUCUACGCUCAUGGCGUCUUGCCCGUAUCCUCGUCCCUGCCGCCCGUCCUCCUCACCAUAUGGUUGCACCAAGCAUACCCCUUCGUGGCACCCAUCGUGUACGUGUUCCCCGCGACCGGUGAGCAGAUGGUGGUACACGAUCACCCUUUUAUCGCUCCCUCCGGUUCUGCUGUCCUGCCCUACCUCCAGACAUGGCAGUAUCCAAAGUCCAACCUCUCCGAUCUUGCGCGCAACCUCGUCAAGGUCUUCAGAAUUUGCCACCCCUACGGCUUCAUCCCUACCUCGCCCGGCCGCACCGAUGCUUCUCUUGCAUCCAAGAGGGAGGCGAUCGACCGGUUGGUAGCUGCACUCCACUACGACGUGAAGCGAUUCCAGGCUCAAAUCGAGGAGGACAUGAAGCAAUUGUGUAGCAGGCAAGCUACGCUGCGCGAGCGAACUGACAUGAUCGACCGGGCACUGGGAGACCUGGAACUCGAGCGGCUGAGGUCGAAGGAGGUCGCGAAGCAGAUGGUGGAUAACGCGGACGUGCUGUCGAAUUGGCUGCAAUCGCAUGGUACCGAGUCUUGUUUGUACAUGGAAGAGGUAGAAGGAUUCGAGACGGCCGACGAGAGCGACCGAUGCUUGCUGGACAACGAAGCCGCGGCGCAGGCCAUCGACGACUCGGUGGAGGUUCUUGGUGAAGCACUAGCGGCGGGAUCGGUAACCUUCGCAAACUAUAUCAAGCAGGUGAGAUGUUUGGCGAGGGAGCAGUUCUUCCACAGGGCGAUGGUCGCAAAAAUCCAGCGGUCCAAUGAAAGUUCAUCAGAGCGAGCGAUUUGCUAA